AUGGCGACGACACCGCGGGACAUGGAGCUGCGGCUGGUGAACGGCAUGGUGCUGAAGGUGCAGCUGGCGGAGAUGGCGGGCGGCGUGGGGGAGCGCGUGGCGGCUAUGGAGGCGAAGCUGAGGGAGCAGGGCGACGCCAUGGCUGCCAUGCAGCGCGACUUGGCCGAAACGCGCCGAGCCAUGGCCCUCUUCAAGGGGAUGGCGGCGACGGGCGCUUUGAGGGAGGGGGCGGGAAAAGGGAGUGAGUCAGAGGAGGCAGCGGAGGGCAUUGGCGCGCGGCGGAACAACGCUUUUGCUGCGCUGGAAUUGGAGGAGGUGAAGGCCCAGUUGGAAGCGGCGAGGGGGGAAGCGCGCGACGCGGCGAGUGAGAUGCGCGGGGAGAUGGGCGCGCUGAAGGCGGAGCUUGCGCGGAUGAGGGCUGCGGCGGAGCGGCAGGCGGCGGAGGUGGCGUACGUGAAGGCGACGGCGGCGCACUCGGAGGCGCGCAUCAACGACGUCGAGCUGGCGCUCGCCGCCAUCAAGGAGGGGCAGGCGGAGAAGAUCCGCGCCGAGCGCGAGGCGGGCAGCGCGGGGGAGUAUGCAGAGGCGGAGAGGCGCGAAGGGAAGAGGCGGAAGAGGAACGAGGCGUGUAAGCAGGAGGACAUGGAAGAUGCUCCUGCAGGGGCUGGGCUUGGGCCUUUCGCCGUUGGCGGUGCGCUUGGAGGAAAUCGUGUUGAGGCGAACAGAAAGGGCAAAGCAAAGGAGGAAGAUAACGAGCUGCAGGGGCUGAGGGCGCGAGUGGAAGCGCUGGAGAAAACGAGCGACGGAGGAAGCAAGAUAUGGGAGGAACUGAUGGGAGUGUGGGCCAAGGUUCUUCCAGGCAGGAACAUGAAGCGACUGGAGAGGCUGGGGUUGUGGGAUGUGAAUGUCACUGUCGCUGGCCUCAAAUGGCUCAACGGGCUCAAGAGCCUCCAGGUCAUUGCCACGGAAACUGAAGACGUUGAAUGCCUCAUCAGGGACAACUUCCCUGGGAUGAUUGUAACACCAGGUCCACUUUGA